ACAGAGAGAGGAAAUAAAAGAGGGAGGCUGAGGCCCCAACGCUGUCAGAAGACACAGAGGAAGGUAAAGGUGCAUCAAAGAUGAAAUUCCUUGUAACAACUGUGUUUGUUGCUUGGAUCCUCAUAUCGAGCGCCCAGUGUGCCAGUAACACUUGGUGUUAUCAUCUGCCAACCUGCAAUGAAGCUGUGUGGCCAGCCAUUGUUCCUCUAUACUGUGAUGGGACCAGACAGUCACCCAUCGACAUCGUCCCAUCAGAUGCCAAACCUGAUCCUGAACUGACUCAAUUCACCUUUCACAACUUUGACAGCAAGUCUGCACUGGAAAGCAUGGAGAACACUGGCCAGACAGUCAAGGUUAAUUUCAAGAGUGGCAUGACGAUUUCAGGAGGAGGUCUGUCCGAGCCCUAUGACAGCCUCCAGUUCCACUUGCACUGGGGAAACGGCGCCUCUCACGCUGGCUCUGAGCACACUGUGGACGGAAAGCGCUACCCCAUGGAGUUGCACAUUGUGAGCGGUAAGUCGCACUACAACGGGAACUUAACUCAGACAAUUGCAGAUCCGACAGGACUUUCUGUUCUUGGUUUCUUCAUCGAGGAAAUGUCCAAUGAUGAAAUUGAAGAACCUGCAAGCUGGAAAAUGUUGACCUCUUAUCUGGGCAGUAUCUUAUACAAAGAUGACUCUGUUUUAAUGGAACCUGGGAUUUCACUGGAUGAUCUCCUGGAUGGAGUGGAUCGCACAAACUAUUAUCGCUACCUGGGCUCCCUAACCAGCCCCGAUUGCAAUGAGGCCGUGGUUUGGACUGUGUUCAAGGAGCCAAUCAAAGUCAGCAAAGAUUUGAUCGACCUCUUCAGCACAACAGUGCACAUCUCUGACAGCUCAUCACCUUUUAUGAUCAAUAACUACAGAAACAUCCAGCCAAUGCAACCAGUCAUGACAAACUAAAAGCAGCAGCACUGGUUUUUUCAUAUGUUGACAUUUACUGUAGAAGAAAAAUUCCUGUCACAUAACCCACCAGAGAUGGUGGGUGCUGAUAAAAAAAAAGAAGCACUAAGAAGAACCAGUUUUCCCUCAGUGAUCGGCCACCCAGUCACUGCAUUGGAAAAAACUUGCAUGUAUGGUAUUUAUUAUCUUGUCUUUCCUAUAUGCUAAAUUCCAGGGAUGCAUCUGUCUUUGUCUGUCUGCAUGUGAGCCGUACUAAGAAUCCUCUGUCGCUGAGCCCAUAUUAUAAUAAACUCAUAUUUUGGAAAACAA